UGGCUCUUAGCCUAAUGUCACAUUAUGCGUCUCAUUGUGUCUUUGUGAUGCUGAGGAGUAUAAAUAAAGCCCUCUCAGUGUUCACACAGAUACACAGUCAUUCGUUUCUGCAGACCUACGAACUAAGUUCUUAGAGAAAGUAGCUGCGUCUUAGGUUGACUUUUUAAACUUUGCGCAAGUGGAUUGCUCUUGAGAGGAUUGCAAGCUCUCAACCAAGUUUUUGCAGAAACAACUUUAAGAUGGAUUCUGAUGCAAGCUCCACAUGCAGUCGGUCUUCUUCACCAGAGCUGGCUGUGGGCUCCAGCUUUUUCUCAAACAAGGUGUUUCAAGCUUACUGUGCAGAUAGAGAAACGGGGCAGUCCAGGCCUGAAAAAUCACCUCAGAGCACCGGAUCCGGCGGAAAGAGCCGUACACGGGCCGAUCACUCCAAAGACGGCCUGCAAGAUCUACGUCUCAAAGUGAACAGCCGCGAGCGCAAACGCAUGCACGACCUCAACCAGGCCAUGGACGGGCUCCGUGAGGUGAUGCCCUACGCGCAGGGCCCAUCUGUACGCAAGCUGUCGAAAAUCUCCACCCUGCUCCUCGCCAGAAACUACAUCCUCAUGCUGUCCAGCUCUCUGGAGGAGAUGAAGAAGCUAAUAGGUGAUGUUUAUGGAGCCAGUGGUCAGAGUCACUCAGCUAGACGGGUUCUACCGCCAACUUCAGCUGCCCCGGCGUCACAGUUGUCGCUGCUCUCGCUUGCCCCGUCUCUGCACUCUCUGGUGGGCAGCACUUCCCAGCACACCUCCACACCAACAAUGGUCCAAGCCCCUCAUUCUCCACCCUCGGCUGGAUAUCUGGGUUUCCCUGCUCCACCUCUUCCCACCCUGAUGAAAGACCCUCUGCAUCUCUCCAGCAGCUACAGGCAUUUCCCCGGCAUGCCUUGCCCAUGCUCCCUCUGCCAGCCUCUCCCUGCUUCCACAGCCAGCCUGCACAGCCUCUCCAUGGGGAAGUGAUUCAGGCGAGGCCCAGGCUCAAGGAUGGAGUAGGCCAAAGUUAAAAUACGGACUCAAGAAGAACUGAAAGCAUCUGGAUGUGUUUCUAGAAGUGUUGUAAACUUUGUAAAUGUCCUGUACAGAAUUUCUUUUCUAACAAACUGCUGCUAUUUUUAUAUCAAAAAAUUUUUGUACUGUUAUAUAGCAUUUUUGAACAGUCACUGUAUGAACAUAUGUGCUUGUAUGUUCUUUGUAGCAAAAUGGCAAUUGAAAACAUAUAGUUUUGUUUCUUAAAUUAAACAUUUAUUAUUAUAAUGAAAAA